GUAUCUAUACACUAAAAAGCAUCUAGAGACAUUCAAAUUUAGACAGACUUUCGACGUCCUUUUAUAGACAGAGACAAUAGUAUAAUUCCAAGCAAAAAUAGGUGCUUCCUUAUUGGUGCGACAUGCCGUAGCAUCUCAAUACUUGAGAUUCCAUGUAAGGAUAGCAAUCGUACGUGUUGACAAUAUAUAGAGAGCUUUUCAGUUGUACAUAUUCACACCCUGAGCUGCUUCAGCUUGUUGGUGGCUAGUGCGGCCAAGGAAGGGCGAUGAAGGGAAGCCAGAGUCAUGAGUUCGAGACUGAUGUCCCAGCCUCUGAGCUAUGGGAAGUAUAUGGCACGCUUCGUGUGGGAGAGUUGGUGCCUGAAUUGCUUCCGCACAUCUUCGCAAAGGCUGAGCUCGCCAGUGGAGAUGGUGAUGUCGGCACAAUUUGGCGGCUGACAUUUGCUCCAGGCAUUCCUGGGCUAGAGACCUACACGGAGAAACUUACCAAAGUUGACAAUGAAAACUACAUCAAGGAAGCAGAGUCAAUCGACGGAGACAUUCUGAAGCUCGGGUUCCUCUACUACAUGGUCAGGUGUGAGAUCAUUGGGAAAGGGCUCACGUCUUCGGUGAUAAGAUCAACUAUUGAGUAUGAGAUCGAUGAUGGCCAUCCCGAGCUUGAAGCUAUGGUCAGUACUGCAAUUUUGGCUGCAGUGGCUGAAUCUUUGUCAGGCUAUAUCAAGAUGGAGAAGAUGGCUCACAGUAGUUCUUGAAAUUGCUACCUUGCAGCAAAAUGUAUCUGUACUUUCAUGUGAAAUAAAUGCGUGGUUCAAAAAUGCAUUCAUACUUUGUGAAGCGAAUUUGAGAAUCAGAUCAGACAAACUC